AUGGCCAUGGGAUUUGGGUUAUGUGGGGACUGGGGCUACUGCAAGGUUUUCCCACAGCAGAUGGAGGGAGUGAAGCUGAUCGUCACUAAGAUCCUGAGCAGCCACUUCCAGGUGAUGCACACCGUGCACAUGAGCACCCUUGGCCCCUCCAGCUACCACUUCAACGCCACCUUCGUGGGGGACCGUCAGCUCAGCCCCACCGAGGCCUUCCCCACACUGGUCGGGGACCUGGACAACAGCGGCAGCCUCAAUGCCCAAGUGCUGCAGCUCGUGGCCGAGCGCAUCCGCACCAAAGCUGUAUUCCAGACACACCAGGCCAAGUUCGUGACGUGGCAGUUUGAUGGCGAGUACCGGGGGGACGACUGCACUGCCACCCUCACACUGGGCAACCCCGACCUCCUCGGCGAGUCUGUGAUCCUGGUGGCCCAUUUCCUUCAGAGCAUCACCCCCCACCUGGUCCUGGGUGGGGAGAUGGUUUAUCACCGGCGGCCGGGGGGGGAGGGAGCCAUCCUCACACUGGCCGGAAAAUACACAGCUCAGAAGUGGGUGGCAACACUGAACGUGGGGUAUGGCGGAGCCCACGCCAGCUACUACCACCGAGCCAACGAGCAGGUGCAGGUUGGGGUGGAGCUGGAGGCCAACACACGGCUGCAGGACACCACCUUUGCCUUUGGCUACCCCUUCCAACUGCAACAGGGGGUGGUUCCGGGUGGGGGCUGGAGGUACCAGCGGUGCCUGUGCACACACCCACAGAGCCUGGAAAAAUAA